AUGAACAACAACGGCGGGAGAGAUCCCAACUACACCCCGACACCAAACUCUAUGUAUCAGCAGUUUUACGGUCAACAGCCACCGAACCAGCAACCUGGCUAUCCCCAGCAGCAGCAACAGCAACAACAGUUCCCGCCACAGGGAUUCCCUAGCCAGCAGCAGCAGUUUCAGCAACAGCAACAGUUUCAACAACAGCAGCAGUUCCAACAGCAACAGCAGCAACAGUAUGGCAGUGGAUAUGAUGCUAAUGGGUUGGCGAACCAGCUUCAAAACCAGCAUCUGUCGGCCAGACAGUCAGGUCGUCCGGGAUCUCCCCAGCGGCCGCGCACAUCCGGUUCUACGCAGGCGUCGGGUAGCUUGAACAACGACUACGUGAUUUUCAACCGUGAUGAUAGCUUGUUCUCGCCCUCUACCAAGGAGCGGGCGAAGGCCUUGAAGCUGAAGGUCGAGCUCCACUACAACCAGAGCGUCAACCACGCGGUGGAGAGGAACCAAAGGCGUGUCGAGCUAGAACAGGAACUUGCGGGCGAGGCUCGCAUGUCGGAAGAGCGCAAGAACCGGCGACGAAAGCAACUCGGAAACCAGGAAUCAUCGUUCCUGCGAUUGCGGCGACUACGCCUUACUGCCGACGACUUCAUGACCGUGAAGGUUAUCGGAAAGGGAGCUUUCGGAGAAGUCAGGCUGGUGCAGAAGAAGGAUACCGGAAAGAUCUACGCCAUGAAGACACUGCUCAAGUCCGAGAUGUUCAAGAAAGACCAGCUUGCACACGUCAAGGCGGAACGAGAUGUUUUGGCAGAUUCGGACUCCCCAUGGGUUGUCAACCUUUUCUACUCCUUUCAGGAUGCAGUCUAUCUGUACCUGAUCAUGGAGUUCUUGCCCGGUGGUGACCUGAUGACCAUGCUCAUCAAGUAUGAGAUCUUCACCGAGGAUGUCACGAGAUUCUACAUGGCACAGUGCGUGUUGGCUAUCGAGGCUGUUCAUAGACUCGGUUUCAUCCAUCGUGAUAUCAAGCCCGACAACAUCCUGAUCGACAAAGAUGGACAUAUCAAGCUGUCCGACUUCGGAUUGUCGACCGGUUUCCACAAGACUCACGACCAGGCAUACUACCAACGCCUUCUAGAAAACAGCUCAAGUCCUCCCGCCGCCGAUCAGGGAACGCGCCCUAGAAACUCGGUGAUGGUCGACGCAAUCCACCUGACCGUGUCCAACCGCAACCAGAUCAACACCUGGAGGAAAUCUCGCCGGUUGAUGGCCUAUUCAACAGUCGGUACCCCUGACUACAUUGCGCCAGAAAUCUUUUUGCACUCUGGAUACGGGCAGGAGUGUGACUGGUGGAGUUUGGGAACGAUCAUGUUCGAGUGCCUUGUUGGAUGGCCCCCAUUCUGUGCCGAGGAUGCCCACGAGACCUACAGGAAGAUUGUGAACUGGCAGACUCAGCUGUACUUCCCGGAGGAGAUCCUGUUGAGCCCAGAAGCCGAGGACCUCAUCAGGAACCUCAUCACUUCUGCCGACAAGCGACUGGGAAGGCACGGCGCCGACGAGAUCAAGGCACAUCCGUUCUUUGCCGGUGUCAACUGGGACAGCCUCCGCGGAAUCGAUGCCCCAUUUAAGCCCCAGUUGACCUCCAUCACCGAUACUUCAUACUUCCCCACGGAAGAGCUGGAGAACGUACCCGAAAGGCCAGAAGUGGCAGCUGCACGCGCCAACGCCGGGUCGACAUCACAGCCCGUCCAGAUCGGCGAGGAGACUGGAUUGCCGUUCAUCGGAUACACUUACACCAGAUUCAACCGUCUCAGCCGUCAAGGUGGAUUGUAA